UGACCUGGAAAAACAAACCUCUUGGACUUGGGCCCCUUUUGAACUAACCCAUUCAAUUUAAUAACAUGGACCUGUUCGUCACCACCAAGUGAUCAAAAGAAUAAAACGGUUGCUAUGGAGAUAAAAACCAACAGGAAAAAGAAAACGUCAUUUUUAAAAAAGUGUUGUUUAUCGUGAAUGUGUCACGUGCAGCUCUUAAGAGGGGGUUGGGGGGGCAUUAAGGCAUUAAUUACAUUUAACAUUUAGGGUCCAUCCAUGUAUACAGGCCUUUCAGUGAUUUGUGUCCUUGUCUUAUCUUAGAGGUCUGACAGCGUUUUUCUUUUUGUCCUUUCCAGCUUUCCGUAUUUGCGUUUCCAUAGUGACAUUAAACUUUCCCGUUUUUUGGUCAUUUUUUUAAUCUCUGAAAGGUGAAAUGUCUCUUCGGGGAGAACUGGAGGGACAGGAGGAGGAGGUCACCGUGUUCGCCGGCUCCUCUGCGCGGGACGUGUCCCACGCCAGGCGGCUCUGGAGCUCCGUGUCCCUCCCGCCGCCGCUGGAGCUCCGCCCGGCGGCGGCGGCCCACGUCCGCCAGAGGCUGCCCGUGUUCCGCCCGCGGAGCAGCGGCCCCGCAGAGAGGCCGCAGAGCCGGAGGAGGCAGGAGGAGAGGCGGCGGUGCGAGGAGGAGGUGGCCGUCCGGAGGAGCCAGAUCCCGGAUCUGCUGAGGAGGCAGAGGGAGCUGCAGCUCUGCAGGGAGAGAAGGUCCACGAGAGGAGGCGCUGACUCUAUGGAGGAGGAGGAGGAGGAGGAAGAGGAGGAGAAGGAGCUGGUCAGACAGCUUCAGCAGAGAUGAAAACAACUUUAUGUUCAUUUUCAUCUAUGUAGCUGCAAACAGAAAUGUUGUCCUAAGAUGUUCUGAACUACAAUAAAACAAAAUUCCAACCAGA